AUGAGAAGCCACACAAUUAUUUUGAGCUGUACUCUUUUGGCCAUACUUAUUGCUUACCUACCGUGCGGAAAGGCAGUCACCUGUGCAGCUGCGCCCACCGAUGCCAAUUGCGUUGACUGCACUCUAGCUGCAAAUCUGGACAAUGUUGAGUGUUCGGUUCCAACUACCGUAGUGCUAGCCACGACGGAAGCAAUAUCAACUACAGUAAGCCCUAGCGAUGAUGAUGAUGAUGAUGAUGACUGUCCCUGCCGUCGUCACGGUCAUCGUGGCGGUCGUGGCGGUUGGGGUCGCGGCGGUCGCCGAGGCAGGCGCGGCGGACGAGGCCGUGGCAGACGUGGUGGCAGACGUGGUGGCAGACGCGGUCGCCGUGAUGAUUGA